AACCCACAAACAUCCAAAUCCUUUUCAGACACCCUCUCUGUUCGCACGAAUCCCUUCACUUUCGUUGUUAAUAUAUCAUCACACCUUUCUCAUGAAGAUCUUCUGAAUCUUCAAAGUUCAAACCCUACCCUACCAUCCUAUACCAUGCUGCAUCCCGUGACUCUCAUUCUCCUCCUCUUCUUCACUUGUUUUCAGUUUCACCCAUCCUUUUCAGGCUUACUCUCUCAGCCUGUUCAACCUCUCAAACCCCCAGAUUCCUCUUCUCCAAACACCGUCCCCUCCUUUCCCGUCCAAACCGCCGCUCCGACCUGCCGCCUAGAUUUAUCCGCUGAGCUCUUCGGUGGCGUUAACGCCGCUUGCGGCCGUAACCUCGACUGGAGCCGCUGCUGCCCCGUUCUCGCCGCGUGGCUGUUCGCCGCACACGCUCGAUCGGCACUGGAAUUGAAAUCCUUGAACUCAACAUCCUUAGAAACGAUGCCGGUGAUGCCUGACGACUCUCAGAAAUGCGUCAAUUCGUUACAAAGCUCGUUACAGAAGCGGAAUAUUCACAUUCCUCAACCUAACGCGUCAUGCGACGCCGUUUUAUGCUUUUGCGGCAUCCGCCUCCACCACAUCGGUUCGCUCAGCUGUCCGGCGGCGUUUAACCUGUCGACUUCGUCUCGUAACGCGACGCCGACUGCGGCGGUGAAAAACCUAGAGAAGAACUGCCGGAACUCUUCUUAUUCCGGCUGCACCAAGUGUUUGACUGCGUUGGAGAAGCUAAAUGGGGAGGGUAAAAAUGGAACAAUAAAAGAUGACCGGAGGAGUAAGAUGUUGAAUUUAGACUGUCAGUUGAUGGGACUGACGUGGCUGCUAGCACGUAACAAGACGGCGUACAUACCGACGGUUUCUGCUGUAUUGCGCGCCAUCAUGUACACUGCGCACCCUUCUCAUGAGUCUAAGUGUAGUCCGGACCAGUUGAAUAUGCCGUUAGCCGUCGAUUCGUUGCAGUUUGAUAAAACGGAAUCUUCCGAUGCGUCGUCGUUGUUUUCAUGUUGGUCACGUGCUGUUGUUGUAAUGACGAUAUUGCCCCUGGUGGUUUUUGUAUGAUUGGUUUUGUGGAUUGUGGAAUGGAAUGCAUGUUUCUUGAUAUUGUAUACGCGAGUUGGUAAACUUGUUACAUGGAGGGUGCUUAUGGUGUUUUGAAUUUUGAUUC